UCAUAAUUUACUUUCAAACAACCCGGACCCUGGAAAAUUCAAUUUCCUGCAUCGAUUUGCGCCAAAAGGCACCACGCAGAUCAGAAAAUCAGAUUAUUCAUUAUAAUAUUCCAUCAAUUAAAUAAGUUUACAGCUCAGAGAGGGACUUGCCAGGUCCAGUUACGGCAGAGGAAAACCGGCAAAGUACAGAAGCUUCCUCCUCGUCUGGAUAUCGAAGUUGAUCUAGCUCUAUGACUAUUUGAUUUCCCCGAUAAUUCUCUCAGGAAGAGCUCUCUCCUAAUCAUCAAAUCUGUUAUUGCGAGGAAUAUAGGCAGGAGAGGGUAUGGCCAUACUUUACGCGCUUGUGGCGAGGGGAUCGGUGGUUUUGUCGGAAUUCAGCGCGACGUCGACAAACGCCAGCGCCAUAGCGCGCCAGAUAUUGGAGAAGAUACCGGGCAACAAUGAUUCGCAUGUCUCUUAUUCUCAGGAUCGUUACAUUUUUCACGUCAAGCGCACCGAUGGUCUCACUGUCCUCUGUAUGGCCGACGAAACCGCUGGCAGGAGAAUUCCGUUUGCAUUUCUUGAGGACAUUCAUCAGAAAUUUGUGAGGACUUAUGGGCGUGCAGUUCAUUCUGCUCAAGCUUAUGGGAUGAAUGAGGAGUUCUCAAGAAUUUUAAGCCAGCAAAUGGAGUAUUACUCUAAUGAUCCUAAUGCCGACAGGAUAAAUCGACUAAAAGGUGAAAUGAGCCAGGUAAGAAAUGUCAUGAUUGAAAACAUCGACAAAGUUCUUGACAGAGGUGAUCGAUUGGAAUUGUUGGUGGAUAAGACUACUAAUAUGCAAGGGAACACCUUUCGCUUUAGGAAGCAAGCUCGCCGCUUUAGAAGCACGGUGUGGUGGAGAAAUGUCAAGCUUACGCUCGCACUUAUAAUUCUCCUGAUAGUGAUUGUUUAUGUUGUAUUGGCUUUCGUUUGCCAUGGGCUUGCACUACCGUCUUGCCUGAAGUGAAGGGACUGUCAAAUGAGUUAAAGUGUGCUUUGUUUUCCUUCACAAAUCCGCUUGCAGAGGUUUCUUCCUUAGCCUUCAUCGUUCUGUCAAUUUCUACUGGUUCAGCUCCAUUUGCACUUGGUUGCCAGUGUCUUUAUUGACAUAGAAUCGAAGUGUUUUGGGUUGGUUUUGAUGCAGAGGCUUGACUGGGCUUUUUACAAAUAGUAUUCAAUCUUCAGAAAAUGUGUUUGAUGAUAUAUGGUGUCUGUAUCCUUAUAAAAUUUGGAUUGAACAGGACAUUGAUUCACAAGUUUUACAUAUUUGAGUUAUGUCACCGCAACUUCUUGUUGUUAGUGUUCAGUAGUUUUCCUUCUACUAAGGGGAAAGGAUAGGAUUUUGAUCGUGGUUUCGUUGUUUGACCUUGUUUUUAUGUUUGAUUUACGCACGCAGCAAUUAUGAAACUAAAACACAAGAAGUUUGCAUAGCUUUUUAUUUUUCUGCA